GAGGAAACAGCCAGAAGUCUCCCAAAAAAGGGGAGGAAAAAAAGUCGCGGGGCUGUUGGGCUGGAUGCGAGCGGAGCUGGCGCGUCCCGAGCGAGCGGCUGCAGCUGCUGCCUGAAGUAGUGCGAAGCAGAAGGCGGCGGCGGCGGGACGCGGGGCCGGCGACUCUCCGGGCAGCAGCAGGGAUCCUUGGGCGGGCGCGCCGCGAUGUCUUCCCCCGCCAAGGCGAAGGAGGUUUUCUCCUCGGACGAAGAGGCCCCCGCCGCCGGGGCCGAGGAGCACCGCAAAGUCAAGGUCUCCAGUUUGCCGUUCAGCGUGGAGGCGCUCAUGUCUGAUAAGAAGCCCACCCGGGAGGCCAGCGCGGGCCUGGAGGGCGCCGGCUUGGGGACGUCCAGGCCCCUGCUCUUGCCCGGCCACGGCUCCCGGGAAGCUCCCAGCCCCGGGGGCCUUACAAAAACCUUCGAGACCUCGUCGGUGAAAUCCGAGAAUUCCGAGGAUGGGUCGUCCUGGAUCCCGGAGGCCGGCAGAUACUCCCCUCCCCCAAGGCACCUGAGUCCCACAGCCUGUACACUGAGAAAACAUAAGACAAAUCGGAAGCCCCGGACACCUUUUACCACCUCUCAGCUGUUGGCUUUGGAACGCAAAUUCCGUCAGAAGCAGUACCUCUCAAUUGCUGAAAGAGCUGAGUUCUCCAGUUCUCUUAACCUCACAGAGACCCAAGUCAAAAUCUGGUUCCAAAACCGACGGGCCAAGGCGAAGAGACUGCAAGAAGCUGAGCUGGAGAAGUUAAAAAUGGCAGCCAAGCCAAUGUUGCCUUCUGGCUUUAGCCUCCCUUUCCCCAUCAACUCCCCCAUCCAGGCCGCCUCACUCUAUGGAACAUCGUAUCCCUUUCAUAGACCUGUGCUUCCCAUCCCACCUGUAGGACUCUAUGCUACUCCUGUUGGAUAUAGCAUGUACCACUUAUCGUAAGAAGAUUGGAAAGUGUAACAGCAAUGCUAUAGACUUCCUGGUGGAUCUUGCCCAAUCCAAGAGUGCAGUACAAAAAAAAAAGUACUGGUCAUUUUCCUGCAUGCUUGUAUGUGCCUUAUCAAGUAUCUAGGAGCUUGAAAGUUAAACAGAGCCUGUAUUCUGCAGGUUGGGUAAACAGCCAGGUGUGAUCUCGACUCUCAAAAAACUGAUCCUGAAAGAAAGGUGUUUUUUUUCUGAAUGCUUAAACUAAUAUAGUUUGUUUAUAUACUGUGGGGGGGAGGGGGCAAUCAAUCUUAAAUCAUGCGUUUGCAAGGCAUAUUUUUUUCCUUAUGGCUUUUCCAGUGGAAUACUGAGAUAUGGGGCUUUUCAAAGUAGGAGAGCAUCCUCCUUUACAGUGAGACAUUUUUAGCCCAAUCCUAUGUACAUUUUCUCAGAAGUAAGUCCCACUGUAUUCAAUGGCACUUACUCCCAUUUAAGUCUGAAACGUAUGGGUGUGUCGGAAUGCAGGCUUCAGUUUGUUGCAACUGGGUAGGGGAAGCUUUAAGAUUUACUGGUAAAGGAGCUCUGUUUAUAAUACCAACUUCAGAAGCAAACAAGCAAUGUUAAAAGAAAACAAACAUAUGAAAGGGCGAACUGAGUUGCUGCCUAUGUUUCCUCAUGGGCCUUCCCCUCUGCUGUGUUCCCUCAAUUAAAACUUAAGCAGCCGGAAUAUUUGAAAUGAAAAAUACUGAACUGGAGGAGCAUUGGUAAAACAAUGCUUACCUUGUAGAAUGUGUGCCAGUUAUGUGCUUUCAAGUCACUUCUGAAUGAUGGUGACUCUAUGAGUUAAUGACCUCCAAAAUGCAAUUCCAUAAAAUUUGCCAUAGAGCAGAAAUAAAGAGGACUGAUUCAGUGGGGAAAGGAUACCAUGAAAAAGGAGAGAGGCGAAUAAUUAUGUUGCUGGUCUUUCCUUCACAAUUUAUUCUUUGUUUCUGGAAUGACAUGUGAAGAUGAGUAUGCUGUAUGCAGCAGCCAAAGAAGAGGGCGGGUCAUAACCUGUGUGCCUUGACCCCAUUCUCCCUUGUUUGGUUAAUCAUUGCCACUUAAAGUUAAGACAAUUCAUACUUGGCUAUUUGAUGCCAGGCAAAAAUAGGACAGAAGUAUGAAGACAGGUGUGGCUUUUCAGAAGUGUGUAUGCAUGUGCAGUGUGACUAUCAAAACCAUGUUGCAGUACCAUUUUGUUUUAUUGACAUCGUAUGUGCAUUAACCAUUAUUAGCUUACAAAAAUCAAUUGUGCUUGAACAUUUCUUGAAAGACCAGCAGACCAAACAAACUUAUGGGAACAAGAUGAUGCCUCCCAUACCAGCAAAACUUAUGGGAACAAGAUGAUGCCUCCCAUACUCUUCCCUUUCUUUUCACUUUGGGUAGGGAGGGUUCCAUUUUGUUAUUCUAAUUUUGUAUUAUUGUUAUGGCUAAACUUAGUGGUAAAGAGUCUAUGGAGGAUGCAGAUUGCUGUAGAAUGGACUUUUCCAGGAUGUUAUAAAGGAAAGAAACCACAAGAUUUCCCCCCUUUUUUCCCUGCUACAGGCUGUAUUGUGAGUUCUGCCCAUUAGCUCAGAUCCACCCUUUUCCCCUCAGCCUAUUAAAAUCCCUUUGAAAGGGAUGCCUUGUACAAUUUUAUAUAUUUUAUUGAAGAUUUAUUAUUUCUUAUCUCUUUUAUUUAGAAUUAAAUUAAAAACUUGCCUAAA